UGGGAAGAGCAGGGAAUAGCUUAAUCUAUGUGGCUCCCCUGCGUUGAGAAGAAAUAUACGGUUCAGAACACAACGUGUGGCUUUAAAAAACCCACAACGUAUUUUAACACAGAAAAGUGUUUUUAUAGGUAUGGGGAGUAAUAACAGUCAUGUCGCUUUUGAGUCAGACGGUCACGAAGGCGUUACGUUUGUGAAGGGCAUUCGGCUUUCUGAUAGAGUCAUUGGCCGUAUGAGGGAGUCACCCAGUAAGACCCGCCCAGACCCAGGCCAAAAAGCUGCCUCCUCUUCACCCCAUGCUGUGCCUGCGCCUCCCCAACCCAGACCCAUACCCACUGCUGAACGAUUGGCCCCAGUUUUGCCUCCUUCUCCUCAUUUUGUGAGCACUCUAAUGCCACCUCCACUUAUUGAGCCAGUGCCAAUCAUUGAACCACUGCCAAGCCCUUCCUCUCAACAUUCCUCUGAGGAAGUUAAAACACAGCCCCCCAAAGCACUUAAUAAGCAGCUGUCAACUCCUCCUACACCUCCUGCAGAAGGCCAAGUAACACCUACAUCAACUCCUCCUGCAGAAGGCCAAGUAACACCUACAUCACCAGUAAUUGAAACUGUAGCCCCACCUCCUUCACUUCCAGAAUCGGUUGCAAGUUCUUCACCCACACCUUUAACUGAACCCAUACCCCUACCUGCUCAAGCAACACCUACAGCUGAACCUGUGGCCUUAUCACCAUCUCCACCAGUUGGACUUCUAUCCUUAACUACACCUCCACCUGCUGCAACACCCACCCCUCCUCCCUCAGCUGAACCCAUACCCCCACCUGCUCAAGCAACACCUACAGUUGUUCCUGUUGAACCUGUUUCCUUAUCACCACCUCCACCUGCUCAAGCAACACCCACCCCUCCUCCCUCAGCUGAACCCAUACCCCCACCUGCUCAAGCAACACCUACAGUUGUAACUGCUGAACCUGUGGCCUUAUCACCACCUCCACCUGUUGGACUUCUAUCCUUAACUACACCCCCACCUGCUCAAGCAACAGUUGUUCCUGUUGAACCUGUUUCCUUAUCACCACCUCCACCUGCUCAAGCAACACCCACCCCUCCUCCCUCAGCGGAACCCAUACCCCCACCUGCUCAAGCAACAGUUGUUCCUGUUGAACCUGUUUCCUUAUCACCACCUCCACCUGCUCAAGCAACACCCACCCCUCCUCCCUCAGCGGAACCCAUACCCCCACCUGCUCAAGCAACAGUUCCUGCUGAAACUGUGGCCUUAUCACUACCCCCACCUGUUGCAACACCCACCCCUCCUCCCUCAGUUGAGUGUUUUGAAUCUACAGCUACAGCUGAGCCUGAAGUCAACAAACAGCCUUUUGUUGAACCUACCAUUAUAUCUGUAGCUGUAGAACCUGUAGCUAUACCUACCCCUCCUUCUGUUGAACCUUUCAAUGUGUCCUCUCCUCCUACUGAAACUGUGGCCCUGUCUACACCCACACCACAAGAACCUGUAGUCAUGCUACAGUCUUCACCUGAUGAACUUUUAGCUGUACGUCCACCUCUCUCUAUUGAACCCGUAGUCAUGCUACAGUCUUCACCUGAAAAACCUUUAGCUGUACCACCACCUCUCUCUAUUGAACCCGUAGUCAUGCUACAGUCUUCACCUGAGGAACCUUUAGCUGUACCUACACCUCUCUCUAUUGAACCUGUUGCUGAACUCACACCCCCAGUGCUGCCCCUAGAUACACCAGUACACCCUGUGGAACUGGCAGCCAUACCAACACUUCCUGUUGAAGCUAUGGCUGCACCUGCACAUUCUGAAGAAUCUGCUAUACCUAUAUCUCACCCAGUUGAACCUGAAGUCACACCCACAUGUCAUUUUGAACCUGUAGCUGUGUCCUCAUCCAUGGAAACGACAGGCAUAACUACACCUACAGAGACCAUGUCUUUACCAGUGCCUCCCUCAGAUGCUAUUUCUGUGUCUAUCCUUCCUGGUGAAACUAAAGAUGUACCAAACUUUUCUCCUGAUGUUGUUGAAACGACACCUACACUUACACCUACUGAAGCAGUAUGCACAUCCCGCCCAGUAGCCCUACCCGCACCUCUACCCAUUGUAGAAGAAAUUGAAGCCAUUGCCAUUGCCAUGCCCUCUUCAGUGCUCGCCUCAGUCCCACUGCUUGCCCUGGAAGGACAUGCCGGUGUUUCUCCAAACGCUUCAGCUGCAGCUCCCCCUGCCAGUGAGCUAUUAGCCCUGACCUCAGGAUUAGAUAGCCUGCCCUCCCCGUGUGAGAAGCCUGUGGACACUCAUCCGAUCCCCUCCCUCCUUGAUACCAUGAGCCCUCCUCCUCCUCCUCCUCCUCCACCUCCUCAAACUCCUGUGGUCAAUGAAGAUGAACUGAGAAAACAAAUCAAAGGUGAACUACAGAGACUACUGGAGCAGGAGAUGAGCCAAGCACAAUUAAGGAUUCAAAAACAACUGGAAGAAGAGCAGCUCAGAGCGCGGGCUGUGACCCAGGCUGCAGCGCAGGUCCAGAUCCAGGAGCAGGUGAAGAAGGUUCUGGAUGAAGAGAAAGCUGCCCACCAAAGGACUUUAACAGAUGUCAUCAUGAGGGAGCGCAUGAACACAGAGGAUGAACGCCUCAUUGCCCAGUAUUACUGGUUGGAGCGGAAGGCUCAGAAGCUGGAGGAGAGAGGUGAAGACCUGCAGAAACAAGAUGCCCUCUACAGGGAGCAGAUAAACAAACUGGAACAGAAGAGUGCGCAAUUUUACAAGGUUACUGGUGAGAACUUCAUCAAGGGGAAAGAGGAUGCACACAAUCGCUUCAAGCGCUUUCACAUCAAACCUGCUUGUUCUGAGCUGCAACAACAGAUUCUGAAGUGUUAUAAGGACAACCAAGGCCAGACUUUAGCGUGUUCCAAUAUUGCCUCACUUUACAUUCAGUGUGUGGACAAAGCCAAAGCAGUAAGAAUCACAAGGCAUGCUGGGCAUGUGGUUGGCAUUAUUGAAAAACAAAGACGAGUAUUGGGGGGUAAGCAGCAUUAAGCUGAGCUGAAGAUGCCGGCAGCAUCUCCACCCAAUCCAACAACAUGUUCUCAAGAGGGAUCAAACCAUAAGGGACCGGUUUUAAAGUUUACUCCUUUUCUGAACAGGAACUCCAAUACAAAGUUUCCAAUACUCUUCACAAUCCAUUGUGCAUCUAGUGACAAUAUCUGUAGAUAUGUGAAUAAUCUGUCUGAGACGUAUGCAAGCCAAGGACUGGAACAAUGUGGUUUGAGGUUACAAAAACACAUUAGUAUUGUACCACCAACCCAGAAGUUACGUACAUACUAACUGCUCAUAUGGUGAAGGACUGAAUCAGCGCGCACACACACACACACACACACACACACACACACACACACACACCGUAAACAAUGAUUGUAACCAAACUGCUAUCAUCAACAAAAGGCUAAAGGUUAGGUGGAUGCUUGCUGAUUUGAAAUCAUCUUUAAGUAAAGCCAAAUAAAAGGGAACGUUCUUUACCUCAA